AGGAAAAGAAGCGCAUAAGGCAGCGAGUGCGGCGGGCUCCCAUCUCACCUUGAAAAAGACUUGCGCUCGUGCGUCCAGGCAGCAGCAACCCCAUCCAACAUGGCACUCCAGUCCCCAGCGCCGCUCCUCAAGCAGCUCUCAACCUCGCUCGAUGGGCUGAUUGAGACACUCGACCCACUGCUCACCCAGCCGCUUGCUCAGCUCAGCGCGAGGCUCGAGUCGGGAAGCAGCAGCAGAAAUGCAGAGCCUGCCCAGCCAACGGGAAAGGGGGCGGACAAGGACGAGAGCAGCGCGAUCGGGAAGGAUGGGCCGGCCACGAUAAAGGACCAGGAGAAAGGCAUAGAAUUAGCUGGAAAACUAGAUGCUGCUAGGCUGCACGCAUCAAUAGCGUAUGUCUUGCUAGAUCUCGUAUGGAUCUAUCUCAAGACAAAAGGUGUCGAUCCUGCUACGCACCCCGUGAUGCCGGAACUGGAACGUGUGAAGGGCUACUUUCACAAAAUCAAGCAUGCGCAAGAUAGUGAAAGCCGAGAAGCACGCUCCAACCUCGACCAGUCAGCAGCCGCGCGUUUCAUCAGGCACGCCAUUGGCGGCAGCGGGCACUCCUCGUCCUCGUCGUCAUUUGCUGCGUCUGCAGCUGCGCAGUCGCCACAAGGCCAGCACAAGCGUUUCGACUUUGAGAAGGACGACAAUGAUGAGGAUGGCGAAGGGCAGGGGGAGAGCGACAGCAGCGAUGGCAAUCAGGCAGGUGGAAGUGCGGGCAAGAAGCGCAACAGCAAGGAAAUCGGUAAAGGGAAGCGAAGCGCUGCCGAGUCGGCGGCAGAGCUGGCGGUCACAGUAAAAGGGCCGUCAGGGAAACGCGUACAAUUAGAUCCCUUCACUGGCUAUCUUGAUCCUGCCGACAGCAGCGCAACGACGACUCCACCACGAUCUGCUAUGAUCACCACAUCAAAUCCGGCAUCGACAUCGGCAUCCCAACCCGCCCUCUCGCAAUCACAAUCACAACCCGGCACACCAGCGAAUGGUGUGGCCGCCACCGAGGGGACAGGCGGGAAGAAGCAGAGGAAGAAGGAGAAGAAGAAAAGGGGAGGCAAACCAUGAUACGAUGAUCGAUAUGAUGGGCAUGUGUCACACCCUGCCCUCGCCAUCCGAUUCGCGCUUGUGCAACAGUCAUUUCCCUGCUUCUCUCCCUCGCUUUUGGGCGGCUUGGCUUGUAUGUCUAUUAAGCUCACUGGUCUAUGUAUGUGUAUCACAGCAUCCUGGGGCAGGCCCAUU